AUGAGUACUUCUAUUGAAAGUAUACUAAAGUUGACAUCGACUUUAUCGGAAUGGAAUAACAUUUUAAGGCCUUGUUGGCCAGAAACGGAAUUUUGUCGUGAAAAUUUUCGUUUAACAUCACGUAUUCGUGCUAAUCAUAUUAUGUUAGCAUUGAAUAUUUGUGGUCUCAAUUUUGGUUAUCGUAUAUGUUUAUAUGAUUAUCAUAUGAAAUUACUUCGACGAAUUAAUUCUGAUUCAAAUCUUCAUUUAUUAUCAUAUAUGAAUGGAAAUCAAUGGAUGGCAACAGAUUAUAAAGAACGUUUUUAUUUAUUUAAUGAUGAUGAAACAAUAAAAACAGUUAUUGAUUAUAAUGGUAAAGGUGGUUAUAUAAGAAAUAUUGCUAGAUUAGGUUCAAAUUAUAUAGCUGUUAAAAUGGCUGAUCUUCCAAAUGGUGGUGAAGUCGCACCACCACUUGUUACAACAAAAACUGAUGCUCGUGCAAAUGGACCUAUCAGUUCUGCUGGUACAACUCAAGCUCCGGUUUCUACAACAACUGCUGCAACUACAAUAGCACCAACAAAGAGUAAAAUAGUUGGUGGUGAUCGUCAGCAUGAAAUUGCUCGACUAGCUAAAGCUCUUCGUGAUGAACGACGCGCAACGAUCGAUCCUCGACAUGAAUAUCUUUUUGGACGUCUUGCUGAAGCGAUCGGUAUUGAACCAUCACAAGUUGAAGAUCAUAUUUUAGGAGAUGAUAAAUUUGAUUGUAUUGAUGAUUUUUUUCUUGCUGGGGGGCGUCGAGUAUUAAUGUUUUAUUAUCAAGAAUCAAAAAAUCCUGAACCAAAUCAACCAGUCUAUGGUCGUUUAGCAAAUACUGGACCAAAAAAACGUGUUAUGAUUAGUACCGGUGAUGAAUCGAUGCAACUCACCGGUGUUCUUUAUUAUUUUGUUCGCCCAAAUCAACCAAAAGCAAUAACACCGGCUAAUAUUGUUAAUGAAGUUGUAUUUGGACAAUUAGAUGCAUCAAAUGGAAAAAUGCUUGAAUCUAUUGAUCAAUUAUUAGCAAAUAUGUUAAUUCCAUUAUUUCAACAAUAUGAAGAUUGGGGAGCUUUAAAAACUCGUAGUAAUAUUAAUGUACAAGAUUUUCUUGAUGCUAUGUCUCAAUUUACAGCAACUGUAAAUGGUGCAAGUGAUAAUAUAGCUCAUCAAGUAAAAUUAGCACCAAGUGAUAAUGACAGUACAUUAUCAACAUUAGCAACACCAAAUGAUUAUCAAACAAUGGCACAGAAUGGAGAUUUUAUAAUUGAAUGUGAAAAAUUAAUGGAUAAAUGGUGUAAACAAAUUGAAAAAAUUUUAGCUGAAAGUGAACAAAUUCGACGUGAAGCUGAUGAUGUUGGACCAUCUGCUGAAUUAAUUCAUUGGAAACAACGUAUGGCUACAUUUAAUAACUUAUUAGAACAAAUCAAAUCUUCUCGAUGUCGUGCUGUUGUUGGUGUUCUUCAAUCAGCUAAAUCAAAAUCCAUCAAUCGUUGGAAAGAUUUAGAUGCUCGAAUAACUGAUGCUGCAAAUGAAGCCAAAGACAAUGUUCGAUAUUUAUAUACGCUUGAUAAAUUUUUUAGUACACUUGACAAAAAUAAUCCAAAUGCUAUUGCUGAAAAGAUUCCUAGCUUAAUGAAUGCUAUUCGAAUGAUACAUAGUAUUUCACAAUAUUAUAAUUCAUCCGAACGAAUGACCUCUUUAUUUGUUAAAAUUACAAAUCAAAUGAUAAAUACAUGUAAACGUUAUAUUAAAAAUGGUUGUUCUCGUCUUUGGGAUAUUCCAAAACAAGAUCUGGUUAAUCGUAUUCAAGAAAGUAAAAAAUUAAAUAAUGAAUAUCAAGCAUAUUUCCACAAAACAAAAGGAAAAUUACAAGAAUCAGCAAAUGAACGACAAUGGAAUUUUAGUGAAAAUUAUAUCUUUGGUAAAUUCGAUACAUUUUGCAAACGUCUCGAUCGUAUUGUUGAUGUUUUAAAUACAAUUGAAAGUUUAAGUGGUUUACAAAACAUUCGUGUUGAAGGCUUAGAGCCAAUUGUUGUUAAAUACCGAUCAGUUGUUGAUGCAAUUAAAAAGAAAUCAUAUGAUUUACUCGAUCAUCGAAAACCGGAUUUUGAUAAUGAUUAUAAUGAGUUUAAAUCACAAAUUGAAUAUAUUCAAGCUCAAUUACAAUUAUUUAUUGAUUCAUGGUUUCGAAAAUCAUACACAGUUGAACAAUCCUUAUUAUUUCUUAAUAAAUUCCAAGAUUUAGAAGGUGUUAAAAUUGAUUUUGGUGAUAAACUUAGUAAAUUAUUACAAAACUUUAGUAAAGAACUUGAUAGUGUACGUAAAAUUUAUGAGAAAAAUAAAGAAGAUCCACCAUUAUCACGUAAUUUACCACCAACUGCUGGUCGAAUUAUAUGGGCAAGACAAUUAUAUCAACGUAUAAGUAUACCAAUUAAAUUAUUACAAGAUAAAAUGGAUUUAAGUAAAACUGAAGAUGGAAGAUUAUUAAUUAAAAAUUUCAAUAAAAUAGCUGAAGCUUUACUUCAAUAUGAAGUUUUAUUUUAUCGUAAUUGGGAACGUAGUAUUGAUUUAAUAAAGAAAGGAAUGGAAGCAACUGUUUAUAUUCGACAUCCAGAAACGAAAGAAGAAUAUGUUAAUUUUGAUCCACAAGUAUUGGAAUUAAUUAAAGAUGCACAAUAUUUAUCAAAAUUAGGUUUAGAUAUUCCAGAAACUGCAACAACAUUACUUCGACAAGAAGAACAAAUUCGACAAACAAGUGUUAAUUUACAAGAAUUACUUAAUGAUAUUAAACAUGCUUAUGCAUCGAUUCCAAAAGAUAUGUCACAAUUAUUUAAACCACAUCGUGAAAAAGUUGAAGAAGCAUUACGACCUGGUUUUGUUGCUAUCACAUGGUCUUCAUUGACUAUUGAAGAAUGUAUGUAA